AUGGAUAAAGGGAAGACGAUCCAGCUCAAAAGGUUUGGAUCUUUCUGGGUCACACGUUUUGUCACAGGUAACGUAAUUGGCGCUGGAAUUUUGGUGGCCCCCAAAGGAGUGUUGAAGUACUCUUCCAUGAACGUGGGGCUCUCCCUGUGCAUCUGGGCUGCCCGUGUCCUGUCGGCCGUGAUGACUUCCCUCUGCUCAGCGGAGAUAGGUACAACCUUCCCAUGCAGUGGAGCUAACGUCGACUUUCUCAAGAGAUGUUUUGGCAACCCCGUUUUUCUGAGACUCUGGACGAGCUUGUUUCUGCAGCGAGGACCAGUCGCCAGCCAAGCCCUGCUUCUCGCCGAGAUCAGCAUCCAACCUCUUUAUUCCAGCUGCUCUGCUCCAAAUCUGCCAAAGAAAUGUCUGGCGCUGGCCAUAUUGUGGGUUGUGGGAAUUCUGAAUUCUCGCGGUGGAAAAGAGAUAACUUGGCUUCAGACAGCCAGCACCGCGCUGAAAGUGGCCGUACUUGGCCUCAUUUCCCUAAGUGGAGGGGUGUUGCUAGUGAGAGGAAGGAAGGAGAAUGUAGGAGGGUUUCAGAACGCUUUUGCUGCUGAGUUCCCAGAAGCCACCCAGUAUAUAGAAGCUGUCUUCCAAGGAUAUUUUGCAUAUUCAGGUGGGGGAUGCAUUAUAUUUAUAGCAGGUGACGAAACCCAGACAGACAAUUCCAAGUGCAUCCUUACUGCGUUACCUUUGGUGACUGUCCUUUAUUUACUGGUUAACAGUUCCUACCUGACUCUUCUGACACCCAGGGAAAUCCUCUCUUCCGAUGCCGUGGUUGUCAUGUGGUCUGACAGAGUCAUCCCCUCAUUAACACGGGUUAUCCCUUUUGCUAUUUCUGCCUCUUCAUUCAGCAACCUUCUGGCGAACAUAUUUGAAUCAUCAAGAACGACAUAUAUUGCAGGCCAAGAGGGCCAGCUGCCUUUGUUGUUUAAUAUGCUUAAUAUUCCCUUUUCUCCAUUUAUGUCUGUGCUACUACUUGUCACUGUGGCAUCUGUUGGGGUUGUCUCCACAAACCUAAUUGAUUUGAUAAAGUAUCUUUAUUUUGCAAGUUCUAUUUGGUCUUUACUGUCAAUGAUAGGAAUACUAAAACCAAGAUACCAAAAGCCCAAUCUACCUAGACCUUAUAAGGUGUUUUUGCCAUCUCCAUUGGCCACAAUGGCCACCAACCUGUGUACGGUUUUGAUACCUUUGGUGAAGUCUCCACGUAUACAUUAUGUCUAUACGUGUCUCUUUAUUCUCAGUGGACUGCUGUUUUAUAUACCUUUAGUAUAUUUUAAAUUGAAGUUGGUUUGGUUUGAGAAGAUGGCGUGCUACUUACAAUUGCUGUCUAAUAUUUGCAUCCCUAAUGUGUCUGUUGAACAGAUGUCAGAAGUAGAAACUGCUAAAAAAUAG